ACAACGUCUUCGAACACGUUGCGCGUGAUCGGUGGGAACGCAUCCGACAUCGGGCUGUACCCGUGGAUGGCGGCCCUGUUCUACCGGGGAAAGUUCACCUGCGGCGGCAGUUUGAUAAACGAUCGCUACAUCCUCACCGCGGCCCACUGUGUGGCCCGGUUGAGCGCGGCCGGAUUCGUGGUGUAUCUGCGGCGCCCCAACAUCGUCACCUUGAACGAGGACGCCAUCGAGCGGCGCGUUGCGCGCAUCGUCAUGAACCGCUACCAGGAGCUGCGAUCUAAUAACGAUGUGGCGCUGCUGCUCCUGCAGAUUCCCGUGACUCCCGGUGACGGUGGCGUACCGAUUUGUCUGCCGCCGGGGAGCGACACCUUCGAUGGGCGGGAAGCCACCGUGACGGGCUGGGGAACGACGGCCGCCGGGGAGCUCUCCGAGACCCUGCAGCAACUGACCGUCCCGGUAAUGACCAACCAGCAGUGCAGGCGGUCCGGUUACUAUCGAUUUCAGAUCACCAGCAAAAUGCUGUGCGCCGGGUAUCUGGAGGGUGGCCGGGAUUCCUGCCAGGGCGACAGUGGGGGGCCGCUCCAGCUGCCGGUGGGCCCGACCGGCAAGCAGCAGAUAGUCGGCGUGGUGUCCUGGGGGAACGAGUGUGCCCAGCGCAACUAUCCGGGGGUGUAUGCUCGGGUGACCCGGUUCACCGGCUGGAUCCGGGCCCGCAGUCGAGGGGCGUGCUGGUGUGACUGA